AGUUAAGGGUGGUUUUGCAAGGACUGUUCAGUUGCGGAACUCUCAGGUGCUUUGAGUCGUGGCUCAAGUUAGUUCAGAGAUCGCAGAGCUUCUAUGUAAACAAUGAUCGAUAGUCUCGUCGAUUUUUGACGAUAUUUGUUUGCAAUUAUCUUGCUAUCCAUCUGGGCGCGCAGACGGUGUUUUUUGCAGCUUCGGCUUUGAACUGGGUUCCUCUAUCCCAUAACAGCUCCACAACAGAACAAGCUUCGGGAGUGAUUGUUGCCGAAUCUAGCACUGUUGGUGUUCAGAUGUAACUGCGAAUGGGACACCGGGAAAUUGAUUCUUCCCAGCGCUCGCAGGUACUCAAACAGAUGUUCCACAUGAGGAGCUUUGUCGUGGGCUUACAAGGUGGACAGAGAUGGAUGAUUCCGAAGGAACCAAGACCCGUCCUGCUUCCAAAUCUUCCUACAAUUUGCCGAAGCUUAUGAGCGAACAUGAUUCUUGCACAACACCAUUCCACAUAUUACACCAUAUUGGCUUGACACUCUUUCCCACUGGAGAGACAUGAAAGGGUACAAUGGAAGGUUCUUAACCCCGCUGGUAGUGCUGCUGGUAUUCCUGCACGGGGUAUCUGCUCAAACGCUGAGAGAAGAUGAAGAGAAUUUCUUUGCUUUUCUCAAGAGUGCCCUUCCAAAUUUAUCCUCCGUAUUCAACACUACAAUUCCAACAUGCGACUGGUACCCACGGGUAUACUGCAUUGGAUUGGGAGCUCAGCGACGAAUCUUUCGGUUAUAUCUGGGUGAAUCAGGCUUGAAUGGUUCCAUUCCGAACAACACCUUGGGCGCUCUCUCUGAAUUGUCGGUCCUCGAUCUAUCCAACAAUUUUCUUAGAGGCGAGAUCCCCCCCGACAUUUUCAAGCUCUCAAACCUGGUCCACUUGGGCUUAGCUAACAACAGACUGACUGGGAAUGUGUCUAAUGGGGUGAGCAAUCUAUAUCAGCUGUCGAAGUUAGAUCUCUCAGGGAACCGACUCAGUGGUGCAUUGCCUGGUUCACUUGGCGCUUUGCAGGGACUCAAAUUCUUGGAUCUCCAUGGUAACAAUUUCUCCGGCCCCCUGCCGAAGCUUGUCAAUACGGCUUACAUCAGGUAUCUUGACUUGUCUUCGAACUGGAUUACAGGUGGUAUUCAGUCUGAAACGUUACGUAAUCAAGAGCUGGUGUAUCUGAAUCUGAGUAGAAACUUGCUCUCUGGAGUGAUACCGAAGGGCAUCAAUUCAUUGUGGAGGCUUCGGUUUCUAGACCUUUCGGGAAAUGACUUCGAGGGUGCUAUUCCAGAUUUGUCCAAUUUAGGACAGCUACGAAUGUUUGACGUCUCUUCCAACAGAUUGAAUGGUAGCAUUCCUACUAAUGUGACCAGGCUUCCUUAUUUGCGUACUCUCUCGGUUGCUCAUAAUAAGCUUACAGGCUCCUUGCCAUCACUUCCAUGGGGUCUCAGCAGUGCUAAAAUCAUAAAAGUGGAUUGUAGCGACAAUUUCCUUACUGGUAGCAUUCCGGAGGGUUUGCUUGCGUCGGAAAAUCUGACUAUUUUCCGAUUGGCAAGCAACAAAUUUUCGGGACGCAUACCCAGCAACAUAUCCGAGCAGCUACAGGAGUUGGAUCUGCGAAGCAAUAGAUUCACUGGCGAAAUCCCUGAGGCACUGGCACGAUUACAGUCGCUGAAGUACCUGGAUCUUUCUGCGAACUUGCUCAACGGAAGUAUUCCAUGGGGUUUAACAGAAAUAACUUCCCUACAGCAUUUGAGUUUGACGGGGAAUGGCUUUGAGGAGGGUGUUCUUCCAGAUUUUAGUCAGAUGGGGAGCCUCGAGCAUCUCAAUCUGUCAUACAGCAACAUAGUUGGCGUCAUACCGGCUUCAUUUGGUGAACUUAAGAGUUUGGCGCAACUGGACUUGUCGCACAACCGCCUAAAUGGCUCUAUCCCCACAAAUCUUUCUUGGGCAACCAAUUUGACAUCUCUCGACCUGUCUUACAACAACCUCACCGGAACGAUCCCUCCAGAACUCAUUUCACUGACUUAUUUGAGUAGGUUGAACCUCUCCUUCAAUAAUCUGAGCGGUGAAGUGCCAUCCGCAAAUCAGUGGGGUACUUUGAACCCUUCUUCGUUCGAAGGGAAUCCUCUGCUCUGUGGAGUAGUCGUUGACAGAGUCUGUCCUUACGUCGCUCCUCCUGCACCCUCGCCGUCUCUGCCACUUUUCCCUUCUCCAGAUCUCUCCCCAAGUACUGAACCUCGUGGAUCGUCUUCAAAGACAUUGAAAGUGGGCGCAAUCGUUGGCAUUGCGGUGGGAGCCGCCGUGGCCUUCUGCCUCUGUGCUUCUUUGAGCACAUUAGUUCUCUUCCACAAGCAUAAAUUUAAGAGAAUACCUACACAUGAUCCAAGUCACUUGGCUGGCUCGGUGACGUUUGAAUCGGACCCCAGCGCAUGGGCUGCUCAAGUACCGCUAGCGGCAUCCAUUCCAGUGAUCAUGUUCGAGAAGCCCUUGCUCAACCUCACAUUUGCUGAUCUCUUGCAAGCCACGAACAGGUUCCACAAAGAUUCGAUAAUUUUGGAUGGCGGCUACGGCCCUACAUUCAAAGGCGUUCUGCCUGGAGGCCUCCAAAUUGUAGUAAAGGUCCUCUAUGAAGGUGGCCCUGGAAAUGAACUGGAGAAAGCUGCUCAAUUAGAGGCUCUGGGUAAAAUCAGACAUGAAAACCUCGUGUCUUUGGUCGGCUACUGCAUCGUGCGAGGAGAAAGGCUCCUUGUCUACGAGUUCAUGGAGAACGGAAACGUGUAUCAACGCCUUCACGAUCCCUCCGAAGAAGCGCAUCAUCCAGAUCACUGGACAGUGGAGACAUGGGUGGAUGCACCCGAGAAGUUCAGCGUGACGGAGGAGUUGAGCUGGCCCAUUCGGCACCGGAUUGCGGUAGGUGUUGCGCGAGCGCUCGCAUUUUUGCACCAUGGGUGUUCUCCGAACAUCGUGCACCGUGACGUGACAUCCAGCAACAUCUUGCUUGACUCACAAUAUGAGCCUCACUUGGCAGAGUGUGGCUUGGCUAACUUGGUUGAAUCUCCACGGCACGACACUCCCGUGAUGGGCGGCACGGUAGGCUAUGUUCCUCCAGAGUAUGGACAGACGUGGAAGCCCACACCUCGUGGCGAUGUUUACAGUUUUGGCGUUGUAUUGUUAGAAUUGAUCACUGGAAAAAGGCCCACAGGGCACUUCUUCCACGACAGCUACGGCGGCAAUUUGGUUGGUUGGGUCCGGUCCAUGAUCAAAGAGAAGCGGGGCUACAAAUGCUUGGAUCCAAAGCUACUUGCCACCGGCGUUGAAAGCGAGAUGCUAGAGACUCUAAGAAUUGGGUACCUCUGCACGGCCGAGCUCCCCACCAAGCGCCCGACGAUGCAGCAGGUGGUUGGCUUGCUCAAGGACAUCCACGUCGAGGUUACUUACAUGUAGGCAAUAGAUCACUAACUCAAGUUCGCGCUAUUUUCAUACCAGUGAAUGAAUUCAUAGCUGCCACCUCUAAAUAAGCAAGACGAUUUAGAGCCUUGUGCAAGCUCUUUCCAUUCACUGCUCGUUUCGCAUCACGGACCACAUUCAACUAAAGAAGCAUGGAUUUCUCUCUAUGUACCGCAACCCCGCUGGAAUAGAGAUUUUUUACUUGCACUUGUGAGGCCAA